CCUGCCCAUCCACAGCCUCACGAGACGAGCUCUCCCCGCAUCCCGACCCGACAAGCAAAAUGGCCAUUAAGCCCAUCACUGGAAUUCUGCGACGACGCUUGGUCCUGGACCUUGCGAUUGGCCUAGGUACCGGCUUCGCCAUGGCCAACUGGUUCUGGUACGGCUACCACGUGCCCCGAACCAACCUCCGCGACGCCUUCUACAACAAGCUCGAGGAGCAGCGCGCCAGCAAGCAGACCGAGUAAAGCUGUCACCGCCGCCGCCACUACUGCUGCCAGCGCGGACGCAACGACGGGAGCGCCUAUACCCCGUCCGUACCAGCGGGCAAAGUGUGUGAAACGGGACGGAGGAGAGGAAGGAAAAGGGCGCCGAGCGAAG